AUGCUCCCCGUUCUCGCGAUCCCGGUGUUCUGCGUCGCGACAUGGGUAUCCGCGCUGAACGAUCCGUCAUCAGAUUUACCCGGGUUUGGCAAACCGUUGAACAAUCUCACAGUCUCGGUGGGCCGCGAAGCCAUUUUCACCUGCAUCGUCGAGGAUCUCGGACCAUACAAGGUAGCGUGGCUACGAGUCGAUACGCAGACGAUUCUGACGAUAGCGACUCACGUUAUUACGAAGAAUCAUCGGAUCGCUGUGACACACAGUGGCCAUCGUGCGUGGUCUCUGCACAUAAGAGAAACGCGCAAGACCGACAGCGGUUGGUACAUGUGCCAGGUUAAUACUGACCCGAUGUCCAGCAUCACUGGAUUUCUCGAAGUCGUUGUGCCGCCGGAUAUCCUGGACUAUCCCACCAGCACGGACAUGGUGGUGCGGGAGGGUAGCAACGUGACGCUACGGUGCGCGGCGACAGGAACACCGGAGCCGACGGUCACGUGGCGUCGCGAGGCGGGCGACACGAUCAGCUUGUCGAACUGGCAGGCGAGGAGUAUCGUGGGCCCGGAGCUGGAAAUAACGCGAAUCACGCGUCUCCAUAUGGGACCGUAUCUCUGUAUAGCGUCCAACGGAGUGCCACCAACAGUCAGCAAGCGGAUCCUCCUCACUGUACAUUUUCAGCCAAUGGUUUGGAUCGAGAAUCAGCUAGUGGGUGCUUACGAAGGACAAACUGUUACGUUGGAAUGCCGCAGCGAAGCCCAUCCUAGUCCUAUCACUUAUUGGGCAAGGCCAUCGAAUGAAACAAUUACCAAUGACGAGAACUAUAAGGUCGAAACAAUUCCGAAAGGAUUAUACGAAAUGCUUAUGAAGCUCGUCAUAAAAUCCGUACGCGCGCAGGAUUUCGGAUCCUUUCGAUGCGUGGCGACAAACUCCCUCGGAGAGACCGACGGGAAGAUAAAACUUUACAGGAUCGAUAAGCCGCCAACGACGCGCAGACCAGGCUCGAGGCGGGAGUCGAAGAAAUCAUGGAAGAUCGAUCACGGCCACGAGAAAAAAACCAUCGGUAUGAAAGACGAGCCGAUGCUGAAGGGCGACGAUAUUAGCGAUGAACAGAUCGAUUUUCAAUCGGCCACGGCCUCAUCGUCGUUUCAUCGUCAUUUAUUUACGAAUUUCGGGAUAACUGCCAUGACUGUGAUACUGGCCGGUGGUUUAUCCACGUAGGCCAUCGUUGUGCACCUAGGGACUAUUAACGCGAAGAAAAUUAACGCAAUAUAGAAAGCAUUUGCCAGACACGAGACGUCUAAUCGCGGUGAACGUUACAACGAAGGAAGAUCGAUAAAAGAAUGACACUGCGUAGGAAUCACUGCUCUCCGUGAAAGAUCUCUUCCUGUUGUACAUGAAAUUUGCGUAAAGCAAAGCCUAGAGAGAAGAGUCAUUUUUACGUGGAGUCCGGAAUACUUGGCUGAUCAGG